AUGGCGGAGUUUCACAGUAAGACCAGCGCCGCGCCAGCAGACAGGCAGGACCCGACCCUGGGAAUAAAAAAACGCGCAGCAACGUCUGUUUGAAGAUUCUUUUAUUACCGCAAGGUAGGGCAGUUCAGUCAAUUUCUCCAUGAAUGUACGUCACAAUGAUGAUGACAGACCAGAUUCCACUGGACUUGGCUCUGCCCCCCCUCCUGAAUGGAGAGCUCCCUCUCAUGCCUCACAUGGUUAACGGUGACGCAGCACAACAGGUGAUUUUUGUGCAGGUGAACCCAGGGGAGACGUUUACCAUCCGGGCAGAGGACGGCUCGCUGCAAUGCAUCCAGGGUCCUGCAGAGGUUCCCAUGAUGUCCCCAAAUGGAUCAAUCCCCCCAAUACACGUCCCCCCUGGUUAUAUCUCACAGGUGCUGGAGGAUACCACAGGGGUUCGCAGAGUGGUGGUGACCCCACAGUCCCCAGAGUGCUACCCUCCCUCCUACUCUCCAGCUCUGUCCCCCACACAUCACCUUCCCCCGUACUUGGCUCACCCCCACUUCAUUCCCAGCUCUCACUCUUUCUAUCCCACUGUCAGCCCUGGUGAGCUGCCACCUCACCAGUACUACCAACACCACCUUCCCCCAAUGUACAGCGAUCAAGUGUCCUUUCUCCUUUCAGAAAUGAUCCCAGUUUAUGGGAUGUCAAACUACAUCAGCAGAGAGGAGACGUACAGUAAACCACCCCCUAAAAAGAUAAAGGAUCCAGAAAGACAGAAUCGGCUCAAUUCCCCUCCUUCCACUCUGUAUAAGGGCAGCCUGGGGCCAGCACAAAAUGGAUAUAGUAACAAAUCUCACGCCCCAUCACUUGGGUCAGUGGGGUCGGGGGGUGGAGCCAGCAGUCCAGGAGGCAAGAAGCCAGAAAGACGACCUCGCUGCAGUCCACGAAACAGUGAGCCAGAGACGCACACACAAGAUCAUGAUUCAGAAGGGAAACGUGUUCAAGACAUGCUGUCUACAAUCGAAAAACCACAGGUGUCUAACAUCCAGGCACGGGCUGCUCGGCUGUCCUGGGCCCCUCCAGCUGGGCUGGUAAACAGGCACAGUAACGGGAUACCUGUUACCUGCUCCUAUGAGUUGACGCUCUCAGACAAGGGAAAGGAUGGAAAGUAUCGCGUUAUAUACAGUGGGGAAGAAUUGGAAUACCACCUGAAAGACCUAAGGCCAGCAACAGACUACCAUGUACGGGUUUUGGCACUGUACAACUCAGUCCGAGGCUCGUAUUCAGAGGUCGGCUCGUUUACCACACACUGUAGUGCCCCUGAUGUCCCGUUACCCCCUAAACUCUCCCACCGCACAAAGACGAGCCUCAGCCUACAGUGGAAGCCUCCAGGCGACAAUGGAUCCAAAAUCACAAACUACCAGCUUGAGUGGGAUGAGGGAAAGAGGAACAGUGUUUUCCGAGACUGCUACUUUGGGAACCAGAGACACUACAAGCUGACACGGCUGCAGCCCGCCUGUGGAUACACAUUCAGAUUGGCUGCAAAUAACGACAUUGGCACAAGCGGUUUCAGUACAGAGGUGGUGUUCUACACCACAGGGACUCAGCCUUCCCUGCCCCUCGCUCCACGGCUGGUAAGAGCGGGGGUCUCCUGGGUGACCCUGGAGUGGGUGCGUCCUGAGGGCAGCUCCACUGAAGAGCAGCUUAAAUACACACUCGAGAUCCAGGAAGACAACAGCGGAACAGAUUUUUAUCCAAAGUACACUGGAGAAAACUUGACUUGUACUGUACAAGGCCUGAAGAGAAGUACACAGUAUAAAUUCAGGCUGAUUGCGUCAAAUGUGGAAGGUAAAAGCAGCCCCAGUGAAGUGUUGGUGUGCACCACCAAUCCAGACAAACCUGGCCCUCCAUCGACACCCAAAGUCACCGGAGUUACACCCUAUGGCUUUACUGUCACGUGGGAUCCACCCUUGGACAAUGGGGGCUCAGAUGCUCUCACUUAUCUCCUAGAGAUUUCUGAAGGAUGCUCCGAAGCAAGCCAGUGGGAAGUGGCGUACAGUGGCCCCGCAACAGAAUGCGUGUGUGAGCGGCUGACACCAGGAACCGUUUACCGCCUACGUGUAUGUAGCAUCACCACCGGGGGACACAGCCCAUGCACCGUUAGUGUUCCAGUUCAUACAUUAAGUGUCCCACCUGGACCCUGCAAGCCGCCGCGGAUUGUUGGGAAAGCCAAACACAAGGAAGUCCAGUUAGAAUGGGAUUCUCCAGCCUGUGAGGGAGUGUGUGAAAAGUGUAUGUACAGUCUGGAAAUGAGUGAGGGAGAAGCAAAGCCAGCAGAAGUGUACCAAGGCCCGGAGCUUCAGUGUACAGUUGCUAGUUUGCUACCUGGUGCGACGUACAGCUUCCGACUAAGGGCAGCCAACGAGGCUGGGUUUGGACCGUAUUCUGAGCCGACAGAGGUGACAACUGCAGCUGGACCUCCUGGUCAAUGUGGGGCGCCGCUCAUCACAUUAAUAAAUAACACCUGUGUGAGGCUGAACUGGGAGAGCCCUGAGGGUUCAGGGACGGACAUCUCAGAGUAUCGACUGGAGUGGGCGAAGGAGGACGAACCCAUGGAGCUCAUUUACUGUGGCUCCGCCGCACAGUGUGAACUGUCAGACCUGACACCUGCUACAGAUUACUGCUGCAGGCUACAGGCAGUGAACCAGGCUGGCGCUGGUCCAUACAGCGACAGGGUGAGUUUCCGGACCCCGGCGACGCAUCCUGACCAGGUCUCGACAUUAACCCUCCAGGACCUCCCAACAUCCUCGGAUGCGGGUUAUUCAUCAUCUACUUGCCUCCUCCUGAAGUGGGAGAAGCCAAACAGCAACGGUUCGGAGAUCACUUCCUACAUCAUCACUGUAGAUGACCAAACUGCCACUGUGGAAUCGGGGACAAACCACCUUGUCACAGGCCUGAAGCCAGACACAGAAUACCGUGUGCAGAUUCAAGCGGCAAAUGCCAUUGGCUUUGGUCUCUUGAGUCCGGUGCUGGUAGCAAGGACCCGCCCGCUUCCUCCAGCCCCGCCCCCACUCGAAUGCUCAGCAGCAGGCCCUCAGAGCCUGAAGCUCAAGUGGGGGGAGAAUGCCGGACACACACGCACCCUGCUCUCUGAGGACGUGGUCUACACACUACAAAUGGAAGACAAGAACCACAGGUUUGUGACAAUCUACCACGGUCCUAGCCACACCUACAAAGUCCAGCGACUGACUGAGUCCAGUAGCUACAGCUUCAGAAUACAGGCACUCAGCGAUGCUGGGGAAGGUCCUUUUUCUGACACACAUACUUUCUGCACCACCAAGUCUCUACCACCCACCCUCAAAGCCCCCAGGAUUCACCAACUGGAGGGAAAUUUGUGCGAGGUCACAUGGGAGACUAUUCCACCAAUGAGAGGAGACUCUAUGAACUAUGUCCUCCAGAUGCUUGUGGGACGCGAGUCUGAAUACAAACAGGUUUUUAAGGGAGAUGAAGGUUCAUUCCAAAUCCCUGGUCUUCAGGCAAACACAGACUAUCGUUUUCGUGUUGGCGCCUGCCGGCAGUGUCGGGAUACACACCAGGAGCUUUGCGGGCCAUUUAGCCCCUCCUCCCUAUUCACGCUCCGUCGCCAGGAGUCGCCAUCGUCAGGAGAGCAUUUGGCUUUGGAAACAGGCAAGCGGGCGGGUCUGAUCUCGAGCGACGAGCGCUUUGCGGCACUGAUCGUAUGCGUGUUCGCUGGUCUGUCCAUUCUCAUCGCCUGCCUGCUACAGUACUUCUUCAUGAAGUGAGGGAAUUUUUAACUAUAGGAUAGAAAGUGAAAUCAAAACACAAUUCACAGAAAUGAACUUUUAUAAAUGUCUAUGAAAGAACAGAUUAAAAUCAAAAAAACACUUGAGAUGUACUUUUAAGGCUAUGUAUGUCUAUUUUUAUUUUUUUUUUGUAGUCAAAGUUUUGAUUCAGGCUUCUCCAUUUUUUUCUCUGCCUUCACCCAUUUUAUUGUCAUUUCUUUUACACCUGUGUCAUUUUUGUCUUUUUUUGUUGAGGGUUUCUGUUGAAGGAAGCCUCAUCUUGGCUCUUCCUCAGUUGGGAAAGAAAACUGAUAGUCAAGCCUUAGAAAGGAGCGUGGGCAAAACAUUUGCUCCUCAAACUGACUUGCAUGUGUUUCUUUUUUUUUAUAUGUCUACAUAUUCAGUAGAAAACAUAUACACAAAUAUUUUUCUGCCAUCAUUGCCUUAUUUUUUAAUUGCUGCAGUCUAUAAUCAUUCAGCCAUAUUCAACUGUAGGCCUUUAAAGCUUUAGCUGUUCCUACUUAUUCAGUGUGUUCCUUUUCUAAUGGCUGUCGGUCAGGUCGAACAUUCUGCACUAUCUGACCAAAACACACAUGCACACACACACAUACAUGCAGAACUCUGUACAUAUCCACGCACGCAUAAAAGCUACACUUUUUCAAAGACAAUGAGGAAAAACUCAUUUUCAUUUUGAAGACAGUCAUACCAGCUCAGCUUUUGCCAUUGAAGCACUCACACAUCAGCUACCAAAGUGAUGCAAUUCAUCUAUGGUGUAAGUUGCUGCUAUCCUGUAUUUUCAUAGCAUGAGAGGAAGAAUGGUAAACAUGUAUUUUGUCAUGAAAAGUGAUGGCAGAGUAAGGUUGAAGGGGAAAGAAGUGAAUUAGGUGCUCAAAAGUAGGAACUAUGAGGUCAGUUGAACAAUAAGCGCUUAAAGGGAUAGUCCAGAAUUUUUUACUGAGGUUCUGUUUUAAUUUAAUAGUCAGUUCAUAUAUUGGCUGAAGUAUGUAAAUCUUUUGGUAUUUAUAUUCCUUUAGUAUAACUCCAGAUUUUUAUGUCUCAAAUGCAGAAGCUAUCUGCUUGUCGUAGCGGGGCAAAGAUCAAAGCGGACUUCUGCUGUUGUAGAAACAACAAUUUAUACAAAAACUUUUAAAUAACAAGUAAACAGUCAUCAAUAAUUAUGUGACAACAUAAUACCAAAUUCACGAAAUUUUAAAAAAUCAAGAUCUUUCAAUAUUUACGAAGAACUAAUCCAGGUUUCUUUUUUUAACUAGAAGUUUCAAAGGUUAUUUUUAAACAAUCUGUGUAAAAUAAUUCAAAUUUCGCUUUUUAAAAAUAGCUUAUUUUACCCUAAUGAGAGGCAAACAGCCAGGAGCAUCAUUCCUGCUGUGCAUACCGAUCAUUUUUAGAGUGUCUGUACCUAUUUUUCUACUGGGAACCCAAAAUAUUGCCUCACAAACCAUUUGAGAUUAGGGGAACUUCUUUGAGUUAUCAUGACAUGAAAUCUUGAUUAGUCAUCCUCCAGAAACAACUGAAAAGCCGCUUUAGAACUACUUCCACUUCUUCUUUAAAAACAUGGAAAUAGGGACUGAAACUUAAAGCAAUCAUCUAGUUUGUUAGCUUAAACUAAAAUGAGUAUGAGUUCAUUUAAAUGAGAAAUAAGGUUUAAUUUCUGGUUUUACUAAAGGCUAAUUUUUAUUUACACCAUAAAUGAAGCCAUUAAUCGACGCUGUUUCCUUUCGGAAACUUGCCUUAAAAAUAUUUACAAACUAGCCAAGAGAAAUUUAGACAAGCUAAUAAAAAGCUUGAUAUUUUUGUCACUUAAAUGAGCUGUAUGUAUAUUUUUUAACACUUAACUUUCAAAGAUGGCAAUAAUUUUAAUUAGCCAAUGAAUAAGCUGGAAAGCUUAAUAUCUCGCUUAGAUUUGUUUUACACAGGAGGAUGUUUAGUAGCCAAACCACCUCCAGCUUCCAUUACAUCGGUAAAAUUCAUCGCUUCCAUAUAAAUAUUCACUUAAUGCAGAUAACUUGGUUUAUUUAUUCAUAUAAUAGUGAAUAAAUCCAACUUUAUUAAGGCUUUCAGGUUUGAGUUAUUGUAAGACGUCGAAGUCUUUUUUGAUUGAUCCCCACUAGGGCAAAUAGUUAGGUUCUGCCUGCAAGAACAUCUACUUUGGAUUUAUGCUAAAUUUAUGUUCCAAGAGACUUCGGGUAAAAUGUUCACUGAUCAUUACCUUUAAGCAGAACCUCAGUUUUCCUUUUGAAACCACUCUUAGGUCACAAGCUGGACCUUAUGUUGGGCAUUUGUUAACUCCGGGAUAAAAUGCUGGGAUUAUAAUAGUCUAUUGUCUUUGUUUUCUUUAGGAGAGUCUCAAUACAUGUUUGAUCCCUUGUAAAACCCCGAGGGUUCUACCUUCUCAGAUAUCAUACAGUAGCUUAAACCUCUUUACCUGCGUCCUCAGUGUCAUUUGGGAUAAGAGGUGCUAGCGACGUGUCAAUGCCCUUCUCUACGUUUGUAAAUCUGGAGGAGCCAUUUGUAAUCGGAUGCUGCUUUGUUCUGGAAAUGUUUACUACAAAUGCUGAAGGUUUUCCUCCUUACAACGCAUCUGUGAAUCAAUGCGUUUAAAGACUCGCCCCCUUUCUUCUCAUCUCCUGAAUAUUUGUAAUUGAUCCUUUUUUUUGGCUCUGCCUACUCCUCGCCUGCUUUCGAUCCAUUCCAGUCUCACUGCUUCUUUCGCAUCUUUCCCUCUUUAUCAAUUAAAAGGUGCUUUAUUGACAUGUAAUCAGAGCCGUAGCAAGUCUGUGAUCUCUACUCAGACAUGAUCUCUGAGGACUUGAACUAAUCUUCACAAACCAAACAAGCCUUGGACAGAACACAGCUCAACAGAACAGGGCAUGGGGCAUUGUUACAUAAAAAAACACCCCCCUGACCUCCUUAUGCCGUCUCAUGCCAGCUCCUCCUGACACGUCUUUUCAUCAAAGCCAAGGUACAAACCAUGUUUAUCAUACCACAAUAAUCCAAAGAGCUCACCACCUCAUUAAUGUGACAUGCUUGCUUAAGUCAAGUGGAGGUUUUGUGCCGAGACUUGGCAAGAGGCAGAGGUUUUGAUUAGCUCUGAUUGGCAGCCUGUAACGUACCUCAGGGAAAAGGCCUUACAGAGAGGAAGAUCCAAUCCUGUCAUCCUCAUAGCUGUCAUCGUCAUCAUCAUAUUAACCAUGCUUUUCCUCCCUUCCUCUUUCUUCUCUCUCGACGCUGUCUCGUCAUCAGUCUUCGCCGUGCCUUGCUUUUAUGUUUCAGUAAGCAAAGCGGUUUACUAGCUCAAAAAAAAAAAUCUUUGCCAAAGUUGAUGGGAAAGUCAAGGUAGAGUUCUUUUCUAGGUUUUAUUUAUACUAUAUAUUUGCAUACAGUACUUUACAUGCCAAUUACAGUGCAAUCUUCAUUUAUUUAUUGUUUAAAGAUUAAGAGACAAGUGUAGUUAUAUACUAAUUUUUAUUCUUGUAGCAUGUUUUCUUUUUUAAUGGAUGUAUGUUAGAUUGUAUGAUUAAGGCCAGCAUUCCUUAUCUCAGUAACCCUUUAAGUAUUUCUCUUGCUCAUCAGUUCAUACAUUUCCAUUUCCAACAUGUAACCAAAUGUCUAUGGGUUCUUGUAACGCUUAGAGAUACAUGUAGCAACUCAGACCUACAGGUCAAGUUACUUUAUAUGGGGAUAAAUAAUUCUGCCUUUGGCUUUUUUGUUCUGAAUAGUGUUAUAUUGAAGCUUCUGGUAUCUUUUUGUUUUACUGUUUUAAUGCCAAAGUGCAGACUUUUUUAAUGAUUUCUAAAUCUUACAGCAGUCUAGAGGACUCUGUUAGGUUUUCUGUAACUCAUCAUUAUGCCUUUUAUUGUUAGUAUUGCUCUCUUGAAAGAAAAACAAAACAUUAACUUGAUCUGUGAUUACCAUUCUUUUAUUUACAUAUUGUUUUUUUUUGUUUUUUUUAUGUAUUACAAAACAAACCUGUGCCAUUUCAAAAAAAGAAAUGUUGAGCCUGGAGGUUUUGAAUUAAUAUUUUUUUUAACUAAUUUCCCGAAUAUAUAUAUAUAAAAAAAACAAAGCAAAAAAAGAUGCUGAUUUUAGGUCGAUGAGGAUGGGUGCUGGUCAUUUUGCACGUUUGCCAUUUUGUACCUUUGGAAAUUUGGUCUUUUCAUACUUAUUUAGUAUAAAUGGUUCCAUCAAAUAGACCUUUCUUUUGACAAUGAUAUAAAGAACAUAGAAAAUUGUAUUCAUUUUCUAUAUUCCACUAACAAUCAAGCAAAAGUAAAUAGGGGUUUAUUUACUUUACUCUAUUCUAUCAGAGGAUCCACACUUGUCUUGCAUUCCAGACAAGUAUCCAAAACUAGAAUCAGAACCAAAAUCAAUGGCAAUAAUGCAUAAUAAUUAGAUUUUUAGAUUCAACAGUGGCUCUCCAAAGUGUUUGGGUCCUAUACAAAUCCCACAGUGGCUUAAUUUACUGUUUUCACAUAUAGAGGGAAACAUAUCUUAUAGGAUUCAUCUAAUAAAAACAUACAAAUCUCUAAGGGCUAAAAACACAAAAGGGAUUAAAUUAUAAGGUUUCUUUAAACAAACACUAACAUUUAACCAAAGUCUCUGCUUCAUUAUAUAUAAAAUAAAUGAUAGUAUUCCUGAUGAAUGUCCAGUUUAAUAUACAACCUGGAUAUUACUUGCAUAAAUGCUUUGUAAGGGCUGCCAAAAAACACAAAAACUGCCUGACAUAUUUUUGGUUUUCCCAUGAUUUAGGAUUAAUUCUCAACUCGGUCAUUCUAGAACUUAAACUUUGCUCUGCAGUCGCCUUUCUAUGCUUUGCAUGUUUGGCCUCACGGUGCAUUAGAGAAAUCAAGCUGUUCACAGUUUAAUUAACCUUGACAAAAAUCUCAGUUCCAAAUUAAAGAAAGCAAUUCUACAACAAGAGUAAGAAUAUCAAUAUAGUUAGGGUGUUCCUAACAGGAAUGUUUUAUGCCAGACUUGUCUUUUGGAGUACAGGUCAAAAGAUCCAAGUUUAAUUUCUGCAUACUAUUUUCUGUAAAUUCAUGUUAGGAGUCUGGCUUAGACUAGAAGUUUGCUUUUUUGGAGGAGGAGGAGGAUUAAGUUCAUUUGGAGGCUGUUUUAUACCUUGUCUUUUCAGUAAACAGAUGGUUUUAUAGUGCCACCAUAUUCCCACACUUUCUCCACAGACUGAAUUUUUCAAUUGUAAUGGUUGCCCCCUUUUCUGACUAAACCUCUAUACAUCCAGAUCAUUUUUCACUCUUUAUAUCAUCUCUGUGAACCAUGAUUUG